CAACCCCACCUCCCUCCCCACCCCAUGAUGUCAGAAGAAAACAGACAGAGAAAACUGGCUGAGGCCAAGAAAAAGUUUAGAGGCUAUCAUCAGUGGAACAAUGCUGGUGUUAGUACCGGAGGAACCGACACCAAAAAGAAAAUAAAUAAUGGCACUAACCCUGAGACAACCACUUCUGGUGGUUGCCGUUCACCUGAGGAUGAAAAGGCGGCAAGCCACCAACAUCAGGAAGCCCUAAGGAGGGAGCUAGAGACCCAGGAUCAUACUAUACGAAUCCUUAUGAGUCAGAAAACUGAACUGGAGACAGGGCUCUACUACAGCCAGGAGGCUGCCAGGAAAUGUGAAGGUGGGAAUCUGGGCACCCGGUCAUCCUUCAACCUGGCACUUUCACAGGCCUUUAGGGGGAGUCCUUUGUGCCACAUCUCAACCUCUGUCAUUCCAGGAGAGUCCAAUCGUUCCUGGCACUUUGCAGGAGAGUUACAGCGGGCUCUGUCUGCUGUGUCCACACAGCACAAGAAGGCGGACAGGUACAUUGAGGAGUUAACAAAGGAGAGGGACGCCCUGAGUCUGGAACUGUACAGGAACACCAUAACCAACGAGGAGCUGAAGGCGAAAAAUGCCGAACUACAAGAAAAACUUCGACUUGUAGAAUCUGAGAAGUCUGAGAUCCAGCUCAACGUAAAGGAGCUAAAAAUGAAGUUGGAGAGGGACAAAAUCCUGCUGCCACAGGUUGAAACCAACACUUUGCAGGAGGAGAAGCUGCGGGAGCAGGAGAAGAAGAUAUGGGAGCAGGAGGAGAAGAUACGGGAGCAGGAGGAGAUGUGGAGACAGGAGGAAAGGCUGUGGGAGAAGGAGAAGGAGCUGCGGGAGCAGGAGAAGCAGAUGCGGAAGCAGGAGGAGCAGAUGUGGAAGCAGGAGGAGAAGAUGUGGAGACAGGAGGAGAGGCUGCGGGAGCAGGAGGAGAAGAUGUGGAGACAGGAGGAGAGGCUGCGGGAGCAGGAGCAGGAGCUGCGGGAGCAGGAGCAGGAGCUGCACGAGCAGGAGAAGCAGAUGCGCGAGCAGGAGCAGAAGAUGUGGGAACAGGAGGAGAGGAUGUGGGAGCAGUACCAGAGGCUGCGGGCAAAGGAGAAGAGGAUGCAGGAGCAGGAGGAGAAGAUGCAGAAGCAGCAGGAGAUGUGGGAGCAGAAGGAGAAGAUGCGAGAGGAGGAGGAGGAGAAGAUGUGGGAGCAGCAGGAGAUGUGGGAGGAGAUGAUGAUGCGGGAGCAGGAGGAGAUGCGAGAGGAGAUGGAGAAGAUGAAGGAGCUGGUGGAGAAGAUGCAGGAGCAGCAGAGGCUGCCAGAACAGGAGGAGGAGCUGUGGAAACAGGAGAAAAUGCAGGAGCAGGAGGAGAAGAUACGGGAGCAUGAGGAGAAGAUGCGGGGGCAGGAGGAGAAUAUGCGGGAGAAGGAAGAGAGGAUGCGAGAGCAGGAGAAGCUGCCAGAGCACAAGGAGAGGUGCUCAGCGCCCUGCGUCCCUCCCUCCAAAGAUCUUUGUGAUACAAGCCACGCUAGCAACAUGGCGUCUGCACGAGGAGAGGCCGGGGACGGUUCUCCCCACGACAACCCCACUGCACAAGUCGUGCAGCUGCCUCGUGGGAUGAAGAACGCCCAGGAGUGCCCAGGCUUAGGCAGCAACUCCUGCAUCCCAUUCUUCUACCGAGGAGACAAGAAGAAGAUGAAGAUCAUCGACAUCUAACAGCCGGCACUGUCAACAAGGCCUACAGAAGUGUAAGCCACCAUGUCACUGUGUGAAUAUAGUCUGAGAAUAAACUUGAAAAAAAUAAAAAGAAAAUUUAUGUUAAAUUGUGAUAAAAUACUGGCCGGGCACGGUGGCCCACACCCGCAAUUCCAGCACUUUGGGA